AUGGCCUCCCCCAUGGAGUCCUCAGCAGCCGACCCUCCAACAGUCCUCUUCCGCGCAGGCAAGAAGCGCAAAGCCGGCUUGCGCCAACGCGCCGCAUCCCCCGAAGAAACAGCAAACGCCGCCGCCGCUGAAUCGAAGCCGACGACAACGGACCCGACUUUGCAGCCGACCGAGACGGCAUCCUCAAGGACGGAACUCGAUAUCUCGGAUAAGGAAGCGACUGAGGCCAUCCCGUCAACAUUGCGCCACCGCGCGCGCAAACGUCUCAACGGCGUCGGGUUCUCGGCCCGCGCGACGUCCGGCCCUUCAGAAGACUCGCCCGCAGCAGACCUCUCAUCAUCCCGCGCUCUCGUGCCCGCAGCAUCACAACCUGACGAUGAUCCCCUGAUCGCAAAACGCUUUGCCCCGCAGACGGGUCUGGCGACCACCAUUGUAAACAAACACAUGAUGGAAUACAUAGAAUCCCACCUCUCUAACCGCAACCCCUCCCCCUCCGCGGAGACAACAACACAUACCUCAUCGUCGCUUUCCUCCACCGCUCCGGCACCCGUCGCGGGGAACGACAAAAAGGCACAUCCCAUCAUGCAAGGGAAGCUGAUGGAGGUCGACCUAGGCGACGAGGUCCGCGCCCGCAACCAGGCCAUGACCGAAAAGGCCGCCCGACGUCUGUUGGGCGAGUCUGUACCCGACGAGGAGCCCGAAGGCGGUCCGCGCAAGGCAAAGAAGCCGAGGCUUGGCCGAGACGGCAAGCCCUGGCGACCCAGGAACCGUCGCGGGAGCGACGAUGUCAAGCGUGAUCAGCUCGUGGAAGAGAUCCUGCGCGAGAACAAACUCGAUGUCUAUGAUGUGCCUGCUACGCAACAACCUCAUUAUGAGGGUGAUGGCGACGCAGACGAUCGCAUCGCCGAGGAAUUCCGGCGCGAGUUCAUGGAUGCCAUGGUGCAGCGACAGCAGAAAAAGAAGGCCGCCGCGCCGCCAGCUCGGGCAGGUGCUCGGAAGGCGGAUGAGGAUGUGCUCAAAGGCCCCAAGCUAGGCGGCAGUCGUAAUUCCAGAGCUGCUAUGCGUGACUUACUCCUCAAAAAAGAGAAGGAGGGCAAGCGAUGA